AUGGGAGAACAUAAUCCUGGACGUCUUGCUGCAAUAGUGGUGUCUGUUGUCGGCUAUGUAAUAAGUUUAGUGUUCAAUGGGCUGUCUGUAGUUGGAAUUGGUCCUUAUGACACCACUACAGCCAAUGUGUCUGCUGUGUUUGACACCCAGAUCACACCUUCAGGAUGGACCUUUAACAUCUGGAGUGUCAUCUACGUCUGGCUGACAGCAAUGAUUAUCUACAUCCUCACGGGACUGUGCAGAAAGUUGCGGAAUGGUUAUGGCUAUGUUUACUGCAGCCCUGCAGUGUUGCCUUAUGGAUUCUUCAUUAGCUGGUGCCUCAACCUGUGUUUCAAUAUCGGAUGGCUGCUUGUUUGGGACAGAGGAAUGAUGAUUCCUGCACUGGUUUUUCUCUUCCUGGUCAUCUGCACAAACUACUCUAUGGUGUGCUUCACCUGUCAUGGACUUCAUUCUUAUGGAGCCUGGCUCAAGAAAUACCACAAAGCAGACCUGUGGCUGCACCGUGUGCUGGUUCAGAAUGGUGUGAUGAUAUACACAACAUGGACAACUAUCGCAACACUAAUCAACCUGACCAUUGUCCUGACUUAUAAUGUAAAAAUGGACCCAACGGAUGCCGCCACCAUCUCGUACUCUAUUUUGGCUGCCGUGCUGCUUGUGUGGUUUAUUUUGGAAAACCUCGUCCUUGACAAACAUGUACGGUACAUCCUCAUCACCUACCCUGUGGUGAUCUGGGCACUGACUGGAAACCUGGACAAAAACUAUGAUGCUGAAUCAAACAACCGCAACGGCAUCUUCAUUAUUGUGCUGCUGGCUUUAGCCUCCGUGCUGUUUGUCUUUCGGAUUGUGUUGGUGGUUUGGAGACACAUCAAACAGCCGCUGUACACGAACGUCAGUCCUGGAGCCAUGGAACCGAAAGAGAUUGGAAAGAAGCAGAAAAGGAUGUUUCGCUAAACAUUUUUGUGAUGUAACACACUGACAUUUGAUGCCAUAUCGCAUAGAAAAUAGUUGUUUGGUAUUACUUUGUUGAUAAGUGUGAGGACAAAUGUUUUAUUUUGUAAAUGUUGAUAGAUUUCAUUCAAUUCUGAUCACAUGUAGUAUGAUUUAAAAUGCACCCAGGCAUCAUUUGCAUAGUUAAAUAAUGUAAUAUUCUUUUCAACUUUGGCUGAGUGAUCUCUGAACCUUUUAUGGCUCUUUUCUAACAUAUUGGUUGCUAACACAACUCAUUAGGCUCUGAUAAGGAGAUUAUUACAACACUACACAGUGUAGCCUCACACAUUAUAGACCGCAUGCUUUAAACACUUCCCAGAGUUCACAAUGUGUUUGUUUUAUAUCUAAUGCCAACUUAUAUUCCACGGCUAAGUGUAGUUUUCUU